AUGGAUCAGGUGAAGAGUAAAGAUCAGACCAUUUAUCUGGGAAGCCUGCCAAAGAUGGGAUACAAAAUGUAUGGAGAAAAGUUUUUCAAGACUUCCAGGGAUACUCAAAAGGAUGAGCAAGCCACCCCUAUUCAGAGAACAACAACUCCCUCACAGAAUUCAAAUGAAAUGAUUCUGAACAUACUGAUGAGAAUUGAUGAGAAACUCACUGACCAGUAUGCAAGAAUUGAGAAAAUUGAAGAAAAUCUGCAAGACCUAGGAAAUUUAAUGAAAGACAAAAAGAAAUCACCUUCUAGUCCUACACCUGAACAUACUCCUGCAGCACCAAGUCUAACUUCAACAGGCCAAGCUAGUGAAAAUUCUGAUUUCCAAGCUGAAGAUAAUGCACCAGAAUCUGGUCUUGUGAGAAAAUCACCCACCCCUAAACCUGAAAAUGAAGAAAAAUCCAAUGAAGGGAUUGAAAUAGUUGGAUCCUUUAACGACAACUCACCACUACAUGAUGAACCACAGGUAGAGAAACCACCUCCUACUAACUUUGAAGAAAUUUUAAUCAGGAAUGUCUUCCACCAAAUGGUCAAAGAUGAAUAA